GGUAUCGUGUCAUGGCUUAUUUCUGUGCUGUUGGAGAGAAUUUGUUGUGAUAAUUUAGCAUAAAAAAAGAAAUUAAAACAUUGUUUCUUUUCAUUAACUUAUUAUCACUUUACGAUAACUGUAAUAAUAUAAAAGAUAUUAAAUCUGUAGGGUUUGAAGGUGUUCUUACUUUUGUUUGUUUGUUCAAGCCAUAAAAAUGGGAAAAGGUUUUAAUAAUUACAUGUGUAAAAAGUUUUUCCACCCUGCUUCGAGGGAUAACUUAAAGCGAGUAUGGAUGGCAGAACAGAAAACGGAUGCAUAUAAGAAAAAACAAGAGGAAUUAAAAGUACAAUAUGAAAGAGAACAGGAAUUACAUGAAAACAAGGCUUUGUUGAGUAAAGAGAGUAAAGACAAACUCAGUCUCAAUUUUAUGUAUGAGCCACCACCAGGUGUCAAAAAAGAGCGUGAAAGAGAAGAUAACGAACCAGAGUACAAGUUUGAGUGGCAGCGGAAAUAUAAUGCACCUAGGGAAAGUUACUGCAAGGGUGACAAUGAAAUCAGAGACCAGCCAUUUGGCAUUUUGGUGAGGAAUGUGCGUUGUAUCAAGUGCCACAAAUGGGGUCACAUUAACACAGAUAAAGAAUGUUCAAUGUAUUCUCUAUCAAUGAGCGAGGCCCGUGCACUCCAAGCUUCCACAUCAGCCCCUGAAGAGGAGGAGGAAAAGCCAGACGUUCCGACCUUGAUGCAGCACAUGAGAGACUCUGGGCUGGUCAUGAAGCCUGGAGCCCUGCCUCUUGCUGCCACCAGAAUUCAGGACAAUGAAGGUGGAGCUAAUCUGACCGAAAUGGACUUGAUAAGCCAGUUGACUAAGAAGCAAAAGAAGAAAUUGUUGAAGAAGCUGGAAAAACUUGAGGAGAAAAAACACAAAAAAUCAAAGGACAAAAAACACAAAAGGAAGUCAAGGGACAGAGAUUGAAUUUUUCAUUCUUUAGAUUAUAAUUAUCUAUAAAUUUAACUUAAUUCUCAUGUACUAUUUUUUUUUUGGGCCCCUAUAAUUGUAACACUAAUCUAUUUUACAAAAAAAAAUGUUGUAGAAUGAGGCACUUCCAAACAACUGGGGGUCUUUUGAGUCUGUAGCCGUCAUUCUAAUAAAGGAAGUUGAAGAAGACUUCCGCCUGUAUCAUAGUUGAUUUACGUUUAUAAAAAAGGGCCCCUAGAAAGGUUUUUUUUAAUAUUGCAAGUAACUAACUGUACAACAUACAUUGUGUGUUUUAGUUUUAAUAUUUAAUCUAUUUACUUAAUAAAUAAUUAAGUACCUAA